AUGUGCUUCUUGUACGCAAUUUCCCCUACACCAAUCGCCUCUUCUUCGACCGCCCUAACCUUGAUAAAUAACGCGCAACGGCACCUGGUCUUACAAGUCAGCUCGCCUGUACUUGUCAUGCAACUCGGACUUCUGAUUGUCUCCUGCAUUGCCGCCGCCUCGGCGGCGUCGACCCCAAACCCUCCCAGAGCCCAGGUUAUCUUGUCUUGCACUGUUCCUGGAACUGUUGCCCUCACAUUUGAUGACGGCCCUUACUUAUACCAAGAUGAUAUCAGCCAGAUGCUCCUGAGCAAAGGCGCGAAAGGCACUUUUUUCAUGGUUACAAUUGUUAGCGUCCCAUGUGUCUCCUACUUUGGCUCAAUUCAUCUAGACGAGUGCAUAUAUGGGACCAAAGUCGCCGCUCGAUUGACGAGGACAUAUCAAGCCGGUCACCAAAUCGCAUCUCAUACCUGGUCGCAUCCUGACCUGACCGCCCUCAAGGCUGAUGAGAUCACCAACGAGUUCAACAAGACGGACAUUGCAUUGGCCAAAAUCCUGGGGAUCACCAGUCCUUACCUCAGACCACCAUAUGGGAACUACAACAAGCUCGUCCGUCAGAUUGCGUACCAAUUCAACAAAACGCUGAUUCUCUGGGAUAUGGACACUGAAGAUUCUAUUGGUGCUACCGUUGAACAGAGCCUCCAAUAUUACGACCAGUAUAUUGCCAACAACUCUGUCACCAUUCCGCUGCAGCAUGAGACUGAGAAAACCACCGCUUAUCAAGUGUUGCCCGCAGCUAUCGAUAAACUCCAGGCAGCUGGUCUCCGUCUUGUGACGCUUGCAGAGUGUCUGAACCAAACGAUGUAUACGUCGGAAUUGGGACCCGGGACUCGAGACUCGAGUUGGUUCUGUCCAGAGGAGCGGAGCUCUUCAGUUGAAAUUUAA